UUGCUAUGGAAAAUGUCCACAGCAACGCUGUCAUUAGGGCGGAGACUGGGGGGCGUCAUUCACUGUGAAAAAAUGAUGGACAGUUAUUUAAACCAAUUCACGUUCGCACUUUGUACAGCUGACCAAUAAAAACGUUCAGCCGUAGUUAGAUAGAGAGUGCGAGGAGAGUAGCAGGUAGCAGAAUCUCUAUGAGAAAGACAGCGAGAAAAGACUAAUGAUCCAGCAUGUGGAGCCAGCCAUUCCAGUAACAUGGACAGGUACGAAAAGGUGAAAAAAAUUGGAGAAGGCUCAUUUGGAAAGGCCAUCCUGGUCAAAUCCAAAGAUGAUGGACACCAGUAUGUCAUCAAGGAGAUUGGCAUCUCUGGAAUGUCCAGUAAAGAGAGGCAGGAAUCUCGGAAGGAAGUUGCUGUUCUUGCCAACAUGAGUCAUCCCAACAUCGUCCAGUAUAAGGAAUCAUUUGAAGAGGGAGGCUGUCUGUAUAUUGUGAUGGACUACUGCGAGGGUGGAGACCUAUUCAAAAAGAUCAACUCUCAAAGAGGAGUAUUGUUCCCAGAAGCGCAAAUCCUAGAUUGGUUUGUGCAGAUUUGUCUGGCGCUGAAGCAUGUACAUGAUCGAAAAAUCCUCCACAGGGACAUCAAAUCACAGAACAUAUUUUUGACAAGAGAUGGAACAGUUCAGCUUGGAGACUUUGGAAUCGCAAGGGUGCUGAACAGCACUGUCGAACUGGCAAGAACAUGCAUAGGAACACCGUAUUACCUGUCACCAGAGAUCUGUGAAAACAAACCAUACAACAACAAAAGUGAUAUUUGGGCCCUAGGGUGUGUCCUAUAUGAAAUGUGCACUCUUAAGCAUGCAUUUGAGGCUGGCAACAUGAAGAACCUGGUUCUGAAAAUAAUUCGUGGGUCAUAUCCUCCUGUGUCCGGUCACUACUCCCAAGAACUGCGAUUUCUCCUGGCACAGCUGUUUAAACGCAGCCCACGAGAGCGGCCGUCCGUAAACAGCAUACUGGACAAACCUUUCCUCUCCUGCAGGAUAGAGAGGUUUCUCUCACCACAGAUCAUUGCUCAGGAAUUCCGCCAUACCUUUCUUCACAAGCAGCCUAAAGUAGCUGUGGCACAGGUGCCAGCAGCCUCAGCCCAGAAGAUUACAAAACCAGCCGCCAAAUACGGAGUGCCUUUAACUGUGAGGAAGGUGCCAGAUGGAGCCAAAAAGCCUGCAGAGAAGAAACCAGCUGUGAAACAUAAACUGGCCCCUCUCCCAGCAGCCCCCCAGAGAAGAGUGAGUCAAGUGGAGGAAGAGAGGAAAAAACACGAGGAUGGAAUCAGAAAGAAGAGGAUGGAGUUGGUUGAGAAAGAAAGGAAACAGAGAGAGCAGAUGUUCUUGUUGAAAGCAGAGCAGAUGAAGAGAUAUGAAAAGGAAAAGAUCAAUCGAAUAAACCAAGCGAGAGAACAAGGCUGGAAGCAUGUCUUGAGUUCUAGUGGAGGAAGCAGCCCAGAGAGGAAGUGUUUCGUGAGAGGUGGAAAGAGGACUGCAGGUGUUGCCUCUGUUCAGGGUCCUACUCCAGCUCCUCUACCAAGUAAAAGCCCUUAUGAACACUACCAUGCAGUCCUGGACCAAAUGGCUAAACCACAGCCUAAAGAUGUCAGCAGGGAGAGCUCCUCAGCAGGGCCAUGCAGCCCCAUUCGUGUACUGGCUGCUGCUGGCCCAGUGCUGCCCAACGGCCCUACUCGACGCCUAGACCCUAAUGUAAUCAAGAGAGAACUUCAGAGGCUGCAGAUUGUCUCCAAACAAGCCCAUAUUAGCAGGCAGCGCAGUCAUAUGGCAGCUGAGCGAGCCUUUCAGGUUGAGGAGUUUUUGCAGCGAAAGAGGGAAGCUAUGCUCAACAAAGUCCGCGCUGAAGGACAGCUGGGUGCUCGGCAAAACCUGGCUGCGAUCUAUGGAAGCCGGGCUGCUGCUGUUCGGUGCAGGAGGCCUAAACCCAACAAAGAGGAGGAGGAGUACUUGGCAAGGCUGAGGCAGAUCCGCUUGCAGAACUUCAAUGAGCGCCAGCAGAUCAAAGCUCGACUCAGAGGAGAGAAGUAUGACAGCGAUGGUUCUGACAGCCAGGAAUCCUGUGAGGAGGCAGAGCUCAGGAGGAAGAAGAUAGAGGCUUUAAAAGCCCAAGCAAAUGCCCGUGCUGCUGUUCUGAAAGAGCAGCUAGAGAAGAAGAGGAGAGAAGCACAUGAGAGAGAGAAAAGAGCUUGGGAGGACCAUCUUGCUGCUCGAGGGGUUAAAGUUGGCGUGGCAGCAGGAAGUGUCGCGGCCUCAGUAGCAACAUCAUCUACCUCUGAUAGUCCUCUUCCACAGCCGGGGCCCUCUCAGCCAGAACCAGCUGCCAAAGCUCCAGCUCUGCCUACACCCAAACCCUCCACCCCAGCUAUAUCCAUGACUGCCGCCCUGAAGAACGUUGGAGCAACUACGCCACUAAAAGAGAGCUUGCCUGAACCAGAGUCUGCUACCGUGAUCCAGAGUGAGAAGAAACAGAUUCUGCGCAGACUUAACCAGAACCUAAAAGCUCAAAGCCCAGUGGAGGAAGUGGAGGAAUCUCCUUCAUCCCCUGCAGAACCAGGUCCUGUUCCUAUCUGUGACCAGCCUGAUACAGACAAGCACCCCACUUCAAAUGGAGACCGGAAGAAGUGGGAAGCAGCAGAACUGCCUGUACUUCCUGUGGCUCAGCAAACUUUAGAGGAGACAUGUGCCACAAUAAGCACCACUUCAGCAUCUCCAGAAGCUAGGCCAUCCUCUGGUGGUGACAGGAAGAAGUGGGAAGCAGGGGUUCCACUUGUCCUCUCUGUAGCUCAACAAACUCUAGAGGAAACCUCCAUCAUGACCAUUGAGCAAACAGCAGGUGAAGUUAUACAGAUUGCUGGACUACAGGAAGAAGCUCCCAGGAAGGAGUGGGGAGCGAGCCCAGACUCUCAGGUGCUGAGAAUACUUCAGGAGGCAGAACUUCAGCCACUCACCCAGCCACUGGAGACUGUCACCAUAUGUGAGGAUGACUCUUCUAGUCCUGUUAAAUCUAACCAAGUGACAGAAGUGGACAUUGUGAAGACACCUAGAGAAGUUUUACCCUCUGCAGUAGCUGAGAGCUCAACAGCUACAGAUGUGGCUUCACAUCGAGAAAUUUCCACGGCUGCUGCAGGAGAGAGAGCGACACUGCCACCUAGCCCUACUGAGACUCAGGAUCCAACAGACUUGGAGUCGUUGAUUUUGGAGGAAACUCCUAAACAGGCCUCACAUCCCCCAACUGCUGUGCAGCAGGCAUGGGAGCAGGAGUCCCAGCAGCAAAUGCCAGCAGAGUGCAGUGCAAGACCAACGGGCAAAAAGGAGACUGAGAAGAGUGCAGAGAAAGCUACUGAACCAUCUGGUUUAGCUCAGCAUGAGGAGCCCCUAUUUAUUAAGUUGUGUUCCCCGGCCCACCGACGCACUGCCGCCCUCGCUAUCCUCUCAGCCCAGUCCUCCAUGGAUGAAUCAUCCUCAUCUCUGGCCUCUCGCUCACGCUCUGUCUCACCUCUGCGCACCAAACACCAGAACGCUCUCCUCAUUGGUCUCUCUACGGGCAUGUUUGAUGCCAACAACCCCAAGAUGCUGCGAACAUGCUCUCUACCAGACCUCAGUCGUCCCUUCAGCUCUCAGCAGGACGCUGCAGUGACCGGUGAAGCUAAUGUCGCUCCAGACAACAAUCUGGAAAUUGAGGACCUGGAUGAGGCAGCAAAAGAUGACCAAUCUGAGACUGAGGAUGCAUAUGAAGAUGAAGAUCUGCGUGACAUCAGAGCUUCUAUGGAGAGACUGCUGCAGGAAGAGGUUGGAGCAGGCGACUUUAAUGGAAACCCUCCAGAGGGAGGAGACCAAGAGCUUUUCGACAGGAUUGCAGCUGAAAUUGAUCAGGAUGGCAAUCAGAUGGCUGUAGAUGAUGAUGAUGAUGAUGAAGAUGACGACGACGAAGAUGAUGAGGAAGAGGAGGAAGACGAAGAAGGCGACGAGGAUGAAGAGGAGGAGGAAUGCUCAAAUGGGAGUCCUGCUGAUGAAGAGGCAGGGGAGUUGCUUCUCAAUGGUGUGGGAGAGGAGAACCACAGCAGUAACAGGCAGCUCAAUGAAGAAUGGCAUUCAGAUGGCAGUGGAGAGGACCAAGGCAGAGAGGCUGAGCAUCAUGACAGCAUCUUCAGCCGUCUGGAAGAGCUUCGGUUCAACCUGGAGCAGCAGAUGGGUUUUGAGAAGUUCAUUGAGGCCUACAACAAGAUUAAGGCUAUACAUGAAGAUGAGGAUGAGAAUAUUGACCUGGGCUCCAGUUUGGUCCUAAGCAUUCUGGGAACUAAGCACCAGCAUCUGUAUCCCAACAUCCUUCAUCUAGUGAUGGCAGAUGGCGCUUAUCAAGAAGAUAACGAUGAAUAAUAUCUGGUGCAGUGGAGCUGCUGGCAGCUUUGACAAUCUGCUAGCUCCCCGAGGUCUUCCCGUGACGGACGUGAUCAGCAGAAGGAUCUAUGCAUGAAGUGUCGCAGCCUCACAUCUAACAGUGUUUCAGGCACACUUGCAUGAUGUAUAACUACUACACUCAAGUCUAUACUUCAUACUUUGACUAUCAGCACCUGACACAAUUUUCUACCCAGUGUUCAUUGAAAAGUGCAUAAUGAAAAAUGCUCUUGUUAACCAAAGUUUACUCCAAAGUUCUGUAAAUGUUUAGUCCAUAUCUGUAAGUUGUCAUGAUUAAGAGCAUAGACUUUGUUGUGUUUCAUGUUGCUGCUUCAGUUGGACAUUUUGGUGGCAACAUGUUUUGUUUUGGUGGAUGAUCUGGUCCUCUCAGGUGCUCUUUCUGUCCCACCUCCAUCACAGCUUCAGAACUCUUACCAGGUCAAGACCAUGAUUUACUCCAAACCAGUUCAGCCUCUUUUUCUUAUGAUUGUUUUCACUAAUCAAGAAGUUAAAUAAUAUAUAAAAUGCAUUUUCCAUGUUUCAUACUGCUUCGGUUAAUCCAAGUUGAAUUAAGCAUUUUUGUGAGUGAGACUGUUGUGUAUGUUGCCAAGGAACUGUAGCGAGACGAGCUGGUGUGGUGGACCAGGUCAGGGUUGUAAACUGAUGAUCUAACUAGUGAUGAUAUAACAAUAAAUCAUAUUUGUUUCUAAAUUUAAAUACUGCAAACAUUCAUGAAAUAAACAUGUUUUUUUGUUUUUUUUUAAAGAAA